CACAAGAGGCUCUCGACGCGACUCCUCCCAACACCAGAACCCUAGCGGCAGCAUGGAGGGGACAGUGUGUGAACAGCUGGUUAGAAUCGGAGGAAUCUGCCGGCAUACCUCGACAGCGCAAGGGAUAAAACAAAGGAGUUAUGAGGGAGACAUUGAUUGGGUAUCGAGUUUGCCCUAAGGAGCGGGAUCUCCACAAGCUUCGCAGUGUCGGCAAGGCCAGGUCGUGCCUCACUCUUCUCAAUUGCUUGUCAGUUUUAUAUGCGCCUUUCUAAACACAUGUUCUCAAUUGUUUUCGAAAGUUCACUGUUUGCGGGAUGCAGGUCUGAUCUUUGAAGGGCAUUGCAAUUUUAUGGAUUUGCUAACCAUUACAUUUCAAACAGCUUUCUUGUGCGAGGAUAGGAAGUAGGCUCAACUCAGUUCUCAGUGUUGAACGAUAGCACAUGAUAUCAGAAAUCUACAUCGACACAGAGACGGGCUUACGCUCCCAGAAAACGUAUUUACCCAGGGACACGAUCCCUGCCUGUGCUUUCCUCAUUCAACUCGCGUGCCUCCAGAACGAGGUGGGGAAACCCGACCCCGGUUCGAAGCAGACGACACGCUGAUCAGUUGAGCGAGGAUUUCAAUACGCGCUGGUCGACUGACUUCAGCUGUCUGUCAUUUUCUCCCCACCAGCAGGAUUAUCGGACAUUGAGAGACACGGGAACACAGGGACCAACACUGACAUAGCCUGCGCACGCUGCUGUGGAUACAUGGAAGUGUUUCUCUGGCGACAUAACUGGGUGUUCAACAUAUACGACCCUUCACUUGUUAUCAAUCCGGGGGAGCAUUUGGUGUUUAUUGACGAAUGCUUGUGACUGAUAUCAUGUGUAGCCCGCGUGUCUACAGAGGACUGUGUUUCUGCACAGAUGUACACAGAGAGUGUUUGUGAGCUGGGCUUGUACUAGUGAGGGUGUACUACAGAGGGUUAUUGUUAAUCAGCGGUGUCAGCUUCACUGCACUCCACCCUGCCGGCGAGAGGAGGGGCUUUGGAGUGAAACUUCUCCCAACAAGUCAACACGUUUCGUCGUCUGCUUGUCCAAACCCCAGUCGACAAAUAUCUGAUACGUCCAGCGUUGGCUUGAAAUGUGUAUUUAAACAGUUGAACUGUUUAUUGUGUUUUCACCUGUGUUUUCCACAACUUUUAAUUCAAGGCUCCGGCGAUUAAAAUCUUCCAGGUCUUGUUGGAUGUAUUCAGUGUAAGGAACUCGCUUGCUACUCGUGCACUCUAAGCUGUGACGGAUGUGAUGUUAUUACCAUGAUGGGUGUACUAGACAGAUGAGUUCCAGCACUAUCACUAUGAACUCCGGGAGCAAGGUGAAACAACCUGACAGCAAGAUUGUCGUCAUGGGCAAACCUGGAGUAGGGAAAUCAGCACUGGUGGUGCGGUUCCUCACCAAGAGGUUUAUAUGGGAGUACGACCCGACGCUAGAGUGCACGUAUAAACACCCCACCAACGUGGACGACGAGCCCGUGCUGAUGGAAAUACUUGAUACAGCUGGAAUUCAGGAGGACACCAUACACCGGGAGGGCUCUGUCCGGUGGGCGGACGGCUUCGUGCUGGUCUACGCCAUCAACGACCGCCAGAGCUUCGAGGAGAUGGUGAAGAUGAAGGAGUAUCUAGAUGACCUCAAGAAGACCAAUGUGCAAUGUGUGCUGGUGGGAAACAAAGUCGACCUGCUACAUGAACGCAAGGUGGAGACAACCGAAGGUCAGACACUGGCCCAGGAUAUGGCUUGUGCGUUCUUCGAGACUUCCGCUAGUGAUGGCGGCCCGGACAUAUCCGAACUGUUCCACGAACUACAUCGUGAAGUGCGGCGUAGGAAAAUGAUAGAGAACAAAGGACGACGGAGAAGUAGUGCACAGCAAGUCCGUCACGUGUUCAAUAGGAUGCUGAAUAAGAUAGGAAACACUACAUGAAAGCGCGGGUUGUAGACACUCUAAACUGUGAUAAACUGUGAUGCUCGAGAGGAAGUGACGUCAUUGUCAGGGUCACGUGGAUCUGGAUUACAGAAAUGAUGGCUUGUGUUUUGACCCUUGUAUCUAGUAAUUUGUCAAACGUUUCUCUGACGGAUUUAUGUUGUAUGUGGAUGAACAUCUGUGAUAAGUUAGAAGCGCUAAGAACGCGAAUGCCAUCCUAUCCUACACUGCUUCAGUGAAAACUGAUUCUGCUUGACGCACCGAGCAGUAUCGCGAGAAGUAGAGACACCUGGGUCAUCUUCCACGAAGUCAUCAUAGAGGCUGUCGUAAAGCACACCUGUUAGCAGUGAGUAGCGAUAACCUCCCCCCUGUUUAUGGUAACAGGGCGACUAACCAAGUGUAUAACACACUCAUUUACACAGAUAGGCUCGAGGGUUUAACGAGGAUGACUAAGCGAUGUUGACAACGACGACAAGCCACUGCGCAGAUCGGGCAGAAAGUGCCUCCCUGUCGGCUUAAACAGUAUGAAUAUAUUGUCAGACAUCAGUCUUACUUUCUGGAGUUUUAUCAGAAGUAUUAUUUAUUUGUCCGCCAGAAUCCACUAGAAACAUUACACACGUACUGCACGUAGUGACGUCAUUGACAGUGCGUGCAUGUUGUGUAUUACCAUGAACGACCGGGUGAGUUAACAUUCCUGCACGUGCACCAACACACGUUGUUCUCACUGUACGACUCACGAAGAAAUAUGUAUCACCUUUGUGAACAAAUAUGUACACAAAAUAUACAAUAAAAUAUUCAAAUA